GCAAACAUAACCUAGUUUUAAAGUUUAUACCUGUGGUGAAUUACAUUAAGAUAAUCUGCACAGUUUUAUGAAAUAAUCCGUCCAAACAAUAACAAGGAGUGUAUAAAUAGUUUGUGUGGCUCACUUGCAGUCAAAAUUCCUUCAACAAUGGCAGGAGUAGACGUCGUGAUCGAAGAAAAGAACGUUGUAGUGAACAGACAGAAAGUUUGUCCGUUUUUGUUACGGGUGUUCGUGUCGAAGAGUGGUUUCCAUUUCAAAAUUGCCGACUACAAUAAGGGCAGUACGCCUUUAAACGAAUUGCAAAUUUACACGUGGAAAGACGCUACUUUGCACGAAUUAACGCAACUAGUCAAAGAAGUUUUACCGGAGACACGGAGGAACGGCACAAAGUUCAAUUUUGCUUUCGUCUAUCCCGAUUUGAGAGCUCCAGUAUACCGAAUGCGGGAAAUCGGAUCUACCACUACGGGAGUAAAGGGACCAGAUGAUGCCAAAACUCUGGGUGACUGUCGUUUCACCAUUGGGGAUUAUUUGGACAUUGCAAUUGUUAAUCCAGAACCCUGGAAUUCAGGUGGAAGAAAAGGGUAUAACAACAACCAUCGGCAAAAACCUUACUAAUUUUAUUAGUCCUAUUUUUAAGACAUGUGUUCAUAUUAUGAAUGUGACAUGUGAAUGAACUUUAUUUUUAAGAAAUGUAUUUUAAGUCAGUGAUUCCACAUGUUCUAAAAUGUGGAUUUAAAUAAAUUUUAGUAAAUUAACAAA